AUGAAAAGACCUUCUACAUCGAUAGCAUUUGCCACAUUCCUUUUCCUCCUAAACACGACCAGUUGUGUAGAGUACGAGGUCAAGAGAACACUGAUACAAUUUCUGGGACAAGUCUCUGGAAAAGAUGGCCAACAGAACUCCAGUUUGGUAUGGAAACAAGACUCUGAUCCCUGCAAGGGCACCUGGCAAGGUGUACACUGCGAUGCUCAAAACAUGUCCAUAAAGAAGUUGCUACUUGAUAACCUCAAUUUCUCUGGAACACUUGAUCUUGCUAUGCUUUGCAACUUGCAGCCCCUGGCUGCAUCUCUCACAUAUCUUAGCCUUGAUGGCAACAAAAUCAGUGGAGGGAUGGCCUCUGAGGUUGGAAAUUGCAAACAACUCACUCGCCUGCACCUAAGCGGAAACCAACUUGCUGGAGACCUUCCUAGUUCACUUGCUAUGCUGAGCAGUCUGAAGAGAUUGGACAUUUCAAAUAACCAGUUUUCAGGAUCUUUACCAGACUUGUAUAGAAUCUCAGGGCUGAACAUGUUCCUCGCACAGAACAAUUACCUUGGAGGAACUAUACCUGCUUUUGAGUUCUCUAAUUUUGACCAAUUCAAUGUCUCCUUCAACAAUUUCCGUGGCCAUAUUCCAAACGUGCAUGGCUAUUUCUCUGCCGACAGCUUUCUUGGUAAUCCUGAACUAUGUGGAGAUCCACUGCCAAAGAAUUGCUCUGAUAAGCCUAUGCCUUUGAGUGAGGCUCAGACAUCAGAAAAAUCAAAGGGUGCUUCCAAGGAGCAGAUUCUUAUGUACUCAGGGUAUGCUGCAUUGGGUGUCAUCAUUGUCCUUUUCGUAGUCUUAAAGCUGUGUAGAAGAAAGAAGGGAGAGAAUAAAGUUGAAGCAUUGAAUAAUAGGGUAGGGGCCAGUGGAGGUGGUGUUGUUGAAAAGCCGAGAAAUGUUUCAAGUGAAUACAAAAAUGAGGUAAGCAGAUCUGAGUUUUCAGUCCCUUCUGAAAGUGGGAUGGUUUCACAAUCACUGGUGGUUCUUUCGAGCCAAGCGGCAAUGGAACUGAGAUUGGAGGACUUGUUGGGAGCACCUGCAGAACUUAUUGGAAGAGGAAAAAAUGGAAGUCUUUAUAAGGUGAUGCUUGACAAUGGGAUGAUGGUAGUUGUGAAAAGGAUCAAGGAUUGGACUAUUUCAAGCCACGAUUUCAAACAAAGAAUGCGAAUACUUAGCCAAGCAAAGCACCCUCGUGUCCUUUCACCACUUGCUUUCUAUUCUUCUAAACAAGACAAGCUUUUGGUGUAUGAAUAUCACCAGAAUGGCAGUUUAUUCAAGCUCCUACAUGGUACUACAAAAGCCUUAGACUGGACCAGCAGACUUGGGAUUGCAGCAACAAUUGCUGAGGCAUUAGCUUUCCUGCACCAAGAGAUAGGCCAUCAUGGUAUUGCUCAUGGAAAUCUGAAAUCCUCCAACAUUUUGCUAAACAAGAAUAUGGAACCAUGCAUAAGUGAAUGUGGCAUUAUGGAUAUGGAUGAUCAAAGAGGUUCAGCUUUUGGCAGUAGUAGUACUGAUGGUGGUGCAUCAGAUAUGUUAAAGGGAGAUGUUUAUGGGUUUGGUGUGAUUGUUCUUGAACUGCUUACUGGUAAGUUAGUGAAGGGAAAUGGGAUUGACUUAACCGAUUGGGUUCAGUCAGUGGUGAGGGAAGAAUGGACAGGUGAAGUCUUUGACAAGUCUCUGUUAUCAGAGUAUGCAAGCGAAGAGAGAAUGGUGAAUUUGCUUCAAGUGGCUAUAAGAUGUGUCAAUCCUUCACCACAGGUAAGGCCAACCAUGAACCAAGUUGCUCUCAUGAUUAACACUAUCAAAGAGGAAGACGAAAAAUCAUUGAUCUAUGAAGUCUGA